AUGAACGUUAAAAAAUCAACCAAAUAUGAAAUUCCGCUCUUUAAAGUGCCAUUUCCACCAGAACUGUCAGUUGGAGAAAUCUUGGGCAGUAGGUCAGAAGAUAAACUUAAAUCGAGGGCUCCCAACGGAUACCUCAUAUACAGACUCGCUUUCCUUAAAGAACUUAGAAAACGAACUGAUGAUAUUUUGUCUAUGACGAAAAUAUCUUCUCAUAUUAGUUCGAUGUGGUUCAAUGAAAAGACUGCAGUAAGAGAUGCUUAUAAGAAACUAUCUGAAGAUGUGGAAAAUCGCCUAACGGAAAUAAGGCAGAAAGAAAAAUUAAUUAUCGUCGAUGAGUCAUUUUCUCCGGACCUACAAGAUAAUAACUCAUCAUCCGGAAUUGCCGAAUACAACAAUGUUUCUAGUCCAAGUCACAUUCCAAUCCUUUCUGAUCCUUUCUCCCAACUUUAUGACUCACCAUAUCCUCUGUCGCUACAACAGUCCCCUUUCCCAUCCGAGAUUACUGUAAAUGUUGAUCCAAGUUACAUUCAAAUCCCUAAUUUUAAUCAUCCUUAUCAACAUUUUAUACCAGAAGAUGAUUUCUUCAAUAUAAACCAUUUUUAUAUUGAUUCAUGCUCUUGUGAAAUAUGCUGUUACAAUUUUAUUAAAUAUGGACAAUUCUAA